UUCCGGGUGUUGUCUCUUGCUGCUGCCGCGCGUCUCCGGUCUCCCGGCCGCCGCUGCUGCCUCGGGUACUGGAGCCAGGUGCGACGUCACCGCCAUGGCCGGCAUCAAAGCUUUGAUUAGUUUGUCCUUUGGAGGAGCAAUCGGGCUGAUGUUUUUGAUGCUUGGAUGUGCCCUUCCAAUAUAUAACCAAUACUGGCCCCUCUUUGUUCUGUUUUUUUACAUCCUUUCACCUAUUCCAUACUGCAUAGCAAGAAGAUUAGUGGAUGAUACAGAUGCUAUGAGUAAUGCUUGUAAGGAACUUGCUAUAUUUCUUACAACAGGCAUUGUUGUCUCAGCUUUUGGACUCCCUAUUGUUUUUGCCAGAGCACACCUGAUUGAGUGGGGAGCUUGUGCACUUGUUCUCACAGGAAACACAGUCAUCUUCGCGACUAUACUAGGCUUUUUCUUGGUCUUUGGAAGCAAUGAUGACUUCAGCUGGCAGCAGUGGUGAAAACGAAUUGCUGAACUAUUCUGAAAUGAACUUCUUGUCAUUUUUUGGCCAUCCAUGCAAACAAGAGAUUGGGCGAUAAUGUUCAAUGGUAUAGCAAGCCUCCUGGGGGUAUUCUAGGUGCUCCCUUUUCACUUUUAUUGUAAGCAUACUAUUUUCACAGAGACUUGCUGAAGGAUUAAAAGGAUUUUUUUCUUUCGGAAAAGUUUGAUUGAAUUCACAUUUAUCUACAGUAUGCUAUUUGUGUUGUCCUACUGAAUUUAAAUAUUUAUGUAUUUUUCCUGUUCAGUUUUUUUUUUUUUUAAUCAAUAUGCAAUGUUGAACAUUUUUUAAAUGUAAUAAUCAUUUUCCUUGGUUAGGAAUUCAGAAUUUUGCUGGCUGUAUUACUGGGUUAAAGUGCAUCUUUUCUCUUAAAAUUAUUUAAUCUCCAUUGCUAUACAAAGUUAUAAAAAUAAGUUUUCAAUCAGUCAUGGUGACAUCACUCCCAAUUUUAUGCAAACAUGGAGACCAUUAGCUUACCUUACAGAAUAUAUAUAAAGUGCAAAUAUAGUUGCAUUUAUACCUCAGAGGGGCCAAGUAUUAAUUCCCAUGCCCUCGAUAAGGGUUUGGUUUUACUGAUAGCAGGUGUUUUGUGAAUUGAGAAUUAUUUUAUGGAAUUGCUACAGAGGAGUGCUUUUCUUCUCAAUUGUUAGAAGAAUUUAUUGUUGAACUUUAAGAGUGUGAAAACUGAUUUUUGAGAUAGCAUUUUUAUGUUUCUUGUAGUUAAAAUAUAAAAAGUGAAUUGCAUUGUGGGAAGAAAUUGUUGAAAUUCCGUUUUUUGAAUCCUGUUUCUAUUUAUAAGUGAAUUUUUUUUUUUUUUAAUUUUCUAUCAGCCUUCCAUGUUUUAUCAUGGGUAAAAUGGACGUACAUGGAACUACUGAUGAGGGAAAGUUAUAUGUUUGCAUCAUAUAUACAAGAAAACCUUCCUCUGAUUCCCACUUUUAACUUAUUUUAUACAUUGUAUAUAUUAAGUGAAAUACCUUUUCAAAUAUAGUUUAAUAACACUUAAAA